AUGUACUUGCCGCGUUCGUUAAUAUCCAAGCUCUACAUUCACCUCCAAAACUCGCGACAUCCGCUCUCUCCUCCUGUCCUCAUCCUCGUCGCCCUCGAGCCCGACGCCCUCUGCGGCUGCCGCAUUUUGACGCGACUGCUCAAGCAUGACUACAUCCCCCACAAGAUACAACCCAUCUCGGGUUAUGACGACCUUCAAAGGGCCGGCAAGGAACUCGUCAUGCCCAUGAUGCAGUCGCAGGGUGGCGCUGGCGGCCUGGUCGUUUGCCUAGGCGUUGGUGGGAUGGUCGAUCUCGGCCCGCUGCUAGGUCUCGAGCCCGAGGGUGACGAGAAUCCUUACAGUGGUGUUGAGGUCUGGGUGCUCGAUGCUCACCGUCCGUGGAACUUGGCCAAUGUAUUUGGUGGCUUUCCACUGCAGCCCUCAUCCGACAGCACACCAACCUACCAGUCACGUAGCCCCGUUGGCAUAUCAGGUGGUGCGAUUGGACGCGCCUACAACUCUGACCGCGGCGGCAUUGUCGUGCUUGACGACGGCGAUAUCGAAGAAGAUCUCAUGCCGGAACGUGAUGCGUACCUGGCGCUGGUAGACAUGCCGGAUAUUGAGAACGACGGCGCCGAAGACUACGGAUUGAGCAAUGAGGAUGACAACGGCGCCCCCCCGGAGCCCCGAGCCCUCGCCGGUCGGAAACGCAAGAGCUCGUCCGGCUACAUUGACGGGUUGAGCGACGACGACGACGAGGACGAUAGACCCCACCAACGACGGCGGAGUAACUCAAUGGGGUCGUCAUUUUCGGAGCCCAUCUCCUCCAUGAUGUACUCGCUGGCCUCGGAACUCGGUCGGGAGGACAACGACUUGCUGUGGCUUGCAAUCGUUGGUGUGACGUCAAUGGAGCUGUACGGAAAGUCAUCGGCGGGCGUGGCUGCGCCAGUUCGGGGCUCGGGUGGAAACCGACCAACAGGUUGGAUGGGAGUGCGUGGCGCGCGCCUCCGCCAGUUGUUGCGAGAUGAGGUUCGCCGAUUGAACCCCCCCGAGAUGACCAACGGACGCGUUGCUCCCGAGAACACGGGCGUCAUUCCGACAACGGCACGCAGCCCUGAAGACACCGCCAUCAGGCUAUCGCCAGAGCCACGCUUCCUCCUCAUCCGCCAUUGGAGCCUAUACGAUAGCAUGCUGCACUCUCCAUACUUGUUCUCGCGUUUAAAGACGUGGAGUGAUAGUGGGAUCAAGCGCCUGCACAAACUCUUGGCUAAAAUGGGGGUCAGCCUUGCACAGUGCAAACAGAGCUACACACACAUGGACAUGAUGCUCAAGCGAGAGUUGCGAGCCAAACUGCUCCAGUACGGCGGCAUGUACAAUCUAGAGGAGAUGGUACCAGCGGUAGACACGGACGGUAAGGACCGUGCAGGGGCCAAGGAUGGAUGGGGUUUCGUGCGGAGCUGGGGAUGGCGGGCAACACUAUCUGCGCAGGAUGUUGGUGUGGUAAUCGGUGCUCUGCUCGAAGUUGGCAAGCACGCUCAAGCCUUGGACCUGUCGUAUGCUGCCAGCCAGGCUAGCCGCGAUAUUGAAGAUGACGCCGAGGUUGCGGCACAGGCACAAGAAUGGGUUGGGCGAUUCUGGGAGGCCUACGAUGCGCUGGAAAACAUUGACGCUUUGAAAGCUGCCGUACCGAUCGCCCAGUUUCUUCAUAGGGCGAUCUACAGAACCGGCACAUCGCUUAUCAACAAGAAGCAAAUCAAACACUUGCGGGCAUUCAGGCUCUGCCUGGUCAAGGACGGUCCUGAUGUAUCACUCUUUACUCAUCCUUCGGCAUUGACGAAACUGUCCUUGUGGAUUGGAGAGGCGCUCGCCGAACAAGAGCAGGAAGCGAGCGGCAAGCUGUCGCAUGGAGGUCGCGGAACGCCGUUGGUGGUGGCCAGUCUGCACGAAAAGCGCGGAGUGUACGUCGUGGUCGGCACUGGUGGUGGCGGCGGCCCUGACUCUGCAUUCAUGGCCAAGGAGGCAGCGAAGCAGCGGCAGCAAGUCAAGGAAGCCAAAGCGAAAAAGAGGGAAGAAUCUCGCCUGGCAAAGGAGCAGGUGAAGGCGCAAAAGAGGGCGGCCAGGGAGGCGGCGGGCGAAGAUGUGGACGAGCUGGAGACGGAGUCGGAGGACUCGGAGGGGUCGGAUUCGGACGUCGAUGCGGACGAGGAAGAGGGCGAGCAGGGCAAGGGCUACGGACUGAACCGAUUUGGCAGCGCGUUUCAGGAAGUGAUUGUCGAGACGAGUGCGCGAGUGAGAAUUGACAGCUUCGAGCACUGUGUGGUGGAAGUGAAGAAGGAAGACUUGAGUGGCUUCCUGGAGAGCCUGAGCACGAAGGUUGUGGUUGGGUAG